CAUUGUCGCUUGUGUUUUUUAUGAAUGAAAGAAUCCAACCUCAGAGAGCAGCGGAGUAAUUCCGGGAAAAGGCGGACUGACAUUUUGUCGCCGGAGUCGCUUCGACCCAGCAGAGUGUAUAUAUCUGUGUUGACUGGUGCUUGGGGGGGAGAAACGGAAGACAGUCGGAUCAUGACGACAGAGAGAAGCAGCAAAGCCCUGAAGGUGAAGCAGGAAUGCGGCGAGAAUGUGCCCGUCCUGUCAGACAGCGAGCUCAUGUCCCUCUCGGUGCGGGAGUUGAACCUUCACCUGCGCGGCAUGUCCCGCGAGGAGAUCCAGAAGCUGAAGCAGCGCCGUCGCACCUUGAAGAACCGGGGCUACGCCGCCAGCUGCAGGGUCAAGAGGGUGUCUCAGCGCGAGGCCCUGGAGCAGCAGAAGCAGGAGCUCCAGAGAGAGGUGGAUAGGCUCGGCGCCGAGAACGCCGGCAUGAGGAAAGAGCUGGAGGGGCUCGGCGCACGCUUGGCCGCGCUCCAGAGGUUCGCCAGGGGCCUGGAGGCCGGAGGGGGCAACCUUCUGGCAACGGCCCCGCGCCUCAACACCGCCUCAGUCAUAACCAUCGUGAAGAGUCCACCACAACCUCAUCCACAGAGAGAACAGGAGCCGUCCUAGAAGCAGCUGCUGCAGCCAGACUGGUGGGAGGGACACACAACCUGCAAUGCAAACACACACACACACAUAUACCAUACAUAUACAUGACAGAGAACAGGUAAACUUAAAAUAUUAGUAGGAAAAUACUAAACACUUGCAUUACGCCUCGUUCACAUUAUGACAUCCAGGUGUCAUUUACUCCUGUGUGAGGUCAUGUUAGUAGAGCGGUGUGUAACAUCACCUAGUAGACAACAACUAUGCUCAGUUUUCCCAAGUAAGAGCCAGGAACGGUUGAAAAAUUGAGCAUUAGUGUUCUGUUUUUAUAACACUUCAGCUUAGUCAACAGAUUUUUUUUUUUUUUUUU